AUGGACCCGCACGCAGAGGGUGGACCUCCCAAGGCCGAGGUGGCCGAGGUGGACGUUGAGAUUGGCCUCAAGGAGCGUCUUGCCGUGCCGCCGCCCGUGUUGUCGCCGUUGCUCGCGUCGUCCAUCUUCCGCAACGCCCGUGAGCCUGGAUGGGACAAGCCUGUCGAGGAGACCGACCCGGAGAAGGUGCGCGCGUUCCAGCAAGAGGAGUUUGAGCGCCAGCUCCGUGGCGAAUACGAGGCAGCCCAGCAGCGCGUCGGCGAGGUUGUCCACGGCAACAUGGACCGCCCUAUGCGUCUGACGUCGAUUCGUCUCGCUCCCCCGCCGCCUACGACGCGCACCGGCUUCCUCGACCACCUGCUCUCCCCUUUCCUCGGCCCUUCGCGUCUCCCCAGCUGGCUCCAUCCGACCCCUCCUCCCCCCACUACUCUGCACGAGAUUCUCCUUACGACCAAGGCACUCGUGCAGCAUGUCGACCAGCUGAAUGUCUUUGACAUGGAGCGCGUUCGUAUCCGCCUGGAGCCGUCGCCCAGCGGAGAGCCCAACGAGGUCGAGCUCGUUCUCGGUCUCCGCGAGAAGGGCAGGGUGUUCCUCAAGGCCGGUACCGAGUUUGGUGCCAACGAGGGUGGAGGUAACGUUACUGCGCGUCUUCGCAACGCGCUCGGUGGAGGCGAGUCACUCGAGUUCAACGCGUCUCUUGGUACGAAGACCAAGUCGGCUUACCAGGCAUCUCUGACUGCCCCGGUCUUCUCGUCGCCCUACCUCUCAUUUUGCCUUUCGGCGUUCUCCGUCGACCGCGACAACACUGCGUUUGCGUCGCACCGCGAGCUGCAGCAGGGUGCGCGUGUCCAGCUCUCGGCCAUCUCGCCCUGGGGUGUCCAUGACGUUCAGUACGAGUAUGUCCAGCGUGACAUUUCGCACCUUGCCCCGCGCGCGUCUGCCUCUGUUCGCGCACUUGCCAACCCCACGACCAAGUCGUCCAUCUCGCACACUUGGACCUCGGACACCCGUGACGACCCUUACCUCGGUACUACGGGACGUUUGUUCAAGGCGACCCACGAAUACGCCGGUCUGCCUGGCUCGUCUGAGCGCGCACACUUCCUCAAGUCGACUACCCAGUCGCACGCCGGCCGCCAGCUGUACCCCGGCUCGGACCUCUUCGUCUCGGUCUCGUCGUUCACUUCCCUCCUCUACCCUCUGUGGGCUCGUACUGGCGCCACAAGCGACGGUGCCCCUGCGUCGACCUACCUCUCCGACAGGACCUACCUCGGUGGCCCCAACUCUGUGCGCGGAUGGAAGGUCGGAGGCCUGGGCCUGACCGACAGGAUGGACUCGCUUGGUGGUGACCUGGCAUACGCGGUGGGCGCGUCCCUGUUCGCCCCAGUGCCAAGCAAGGAGCACUGGCCGCUCAAGAUCCACACAUUUAUCAACGCUGGCAAGGUCGUCCGCUACGACGUUGACAACUCGUUUGCCGACAACAUCGCCAAGAUGUACUCGAACCCGAGCCUCAGCGUCGGCGUCGGUCUCAUGUACCGAUUCGACCCGCUACGCGUCGAGCUCAACUUUUCGAUGCCCCUCAUCGCGCGCCGCGGCGAGCGCCUUGCCCGUGGGCUUAGCAUUGGCGUUGGCGUCGACUUCUUGUAG